AUUCAUCAAACAUCUCAUGUCGAACGAUCCGAAAAUUCUCUUAAGAAGACUUGCUUGGCUAGCGGUUUAAUCACUAAGUUGCCCCAAAGCAACCUCGCACAAACCAAAUCAUCCCAUUUCCCGCAUGAUAGAAAAAUACAGUCUUGACUCUUGCGAUAGUGUUUCUGUGUUCUACAUAAUUGUAUCCGUCUAUCUCGCGAACAUGUCUGACUUGGCCAAGGAGCAUUUUGUGGCAACAGUCAUUGAAGAUCAUGAGGCAGCAUGCUGGGGUUGUGGACUACACCUUCUUCUUCCAUCUUAUUCACCUAUUUUUAAAUGUGGCUGGUGUGGAGCAAUAACAACUCAAAAUGAAGGAAAACGUGAGAACAAGUUUCUUUGGUGGAGACUUGUGCGUGACCGGUGCUUCGUAUGUGUCCUCCUCGGCUUCAUGCUUUUUGUAAUAUGUGGUGGUGUGUGGGCAGUGUACCCUGUUGUUUUCUCCAUCAGCUAUUUCUGUGGAAUUUUCCACCUCAGCAUAACUUUGAUCUUGUCUAUAGUUACUAUUUCAAUGUUUAGUCUUGCGGCCUUUAGAUGUCCUGGAACACCACCUAUCAUACAGUGGGGUAGCUACCCAGUUGUGGGAAAAGGUUACCUUGAGAAUUACACCUUCUGUCACUAUUGUUCAAAGCCAAAAUCGCCUAGAACCCAUCACUGCCGUUCAUGUGGAAUGUGUAUAUUGGACAUGGAUCAUCACUGCCCUUUUUACAACUGUGGUUUUGAAAUCCUUGUGCAGAUUGGAAAUUGCGUGGGUGCAGCAAAUCACCAGUACUUUAUCGCCUUCCUUAUCUCAGCUGUUUUCAGCACAAUAUAUGUUUCAAUCAUGUCCUCAUUUGCAGUGUGGUGUAUAUGGCCACCAUUACCAACCAGAUCUCUAGUCUAUUUAAGUGGGACGCACAGUUAUUUGGCUUGGAGAAUAUUGAAGGAACUUAUUUUUGCAUCGCUAAGCUCUGCACUACUUCUUUCCUCAAGGGGGCUUGUUCUUGUUUAUUUGUUUUUUUCUAGUGUUUCAGUGGAGAUAGGAUUAACCGUGCUUCUGUUGCAGCAGCUUUGUUACAUAUACAAGGGGAAAACUUAUUUAAGCCACUUGAAUUCUCAAGGAGGUGAUGAGGUUGGAGAAAAAGAUUGCAAAAAUCUUUUACGUUUCUUUGGUUGCCCAUAUUCUGUGUCAAGAUACUUGCCUAAUGUUUGGAAUUCUCCUAAGAGACACAAUAAGUGAAUGACUGUUUAAAGAAUAUCAUCUUUGCUUUUCCUUGAUAA